AUGGGGAAGGCGGUAGUAGGAGCGACGGUGGUUUGUGCCGCGGUGGUGUGUGCGGGGGCGGCGCUCUAUGUGCGGCACAGGAUGAGGAGUUCGGGGAAGUGGGCGAGGGCUAUGGCGAUACUGAAUGAGUUCGAGGAGAAGUGUGGGACCCCAAUCUCGAAGCUGCAACUGGUGGCUGACGCUAUGACUGUUGAGAUGCAUGCCGGCCUUGCAUCGGAGGGUGGCAGUAAGCUCAAGAUGCUCAUCUCCUAUGUCGACAAUCUUCCGACUGGGGAUGAGGAAGGACUGUUUUAUGCACUGGACCUUGGUGGCACAAACUUCCGUGUCCUGCGUAUACAGUUGGGUGGGAAAGAAGGACGUGUUGUCAAACAGGAAUUUGAGGAAGUUUCAAUUCCUCCACAUUUGAUGACUGGAACUUCAGAUGAAUUAUUUGAUUAUAUUGCUGAAGCGCUUGCAAAGUUUGUUGCUACAGAAAGUGAAGAUUUUCAUCUUCCACCUGGUAGACAAAAGGAACUGGGUUUUACCUUCUCAUUUCCAGUUAGGCAAAUGUCGAUAGCAUCCGGGAAUCUUUUGAAAUGGACAAAGGGCUUUUCCAUUGAAGAUGCAGUUGGUCAAGAUAUUGUGGGAGAAUUAACGAGAGCCAUGGAAAGAAAAGGCCUUGACAUGCGCGUGACAGCUUUGGUUAAUGAUACCAUUGGAACAUUAGCUGGAGGUAGAUACUACAACAAUGAUGUCAUUGCUGCAGUGAUCUUGGGUACUGGAACAAAUGCAGCCUAUGUUGAACGGGCUCAUGCAAUUCCCAAGUGGCAUGGACUUCUGCCUAAAUCUGGAGACAUGGUUAUCAACAUGGAGUGGGGUAAUUUCCGAUCGUCACAUCUGCCUCUGACAGAGUAUGAUCAAGAACUUGAUGCUGAGACUUUGAAUGUGGGAGAGCAGAAAUUUGAGAAGAUGAUUUCCGGCAUGUAUUUGGGAGAGAUUGUACGAAGAGUAUUACACAAGAUGGCUGAAGAAGCUGCCUUUUUUGGUGACGUUAUUCCACCCAAACUGCAAAUUCCUUUUGUUUUAAGAACUCCUCAUAUGUCCGCAAUGCAUCAUGACACAUCCCCAGAUUUGAAAGUUGUUGGAAGCAAGCUAAAGGACAUCUUAGAGAUAUCUAAUACCUCACUGAAAACAAGAAAAAAAGUUGUUGAGCUAUGUGAUAUUGUGGCCACUCGUGCUGCCCGUCUGUCUGCUGCUGGGAUCUUAGGCAUCCUGAAGAAGUUGGGGAAAGACAAGGUCAGGGAUGGGGAAAAGCAGAAGUCAGCGAUUGCCAUGGAUGGUGGCUUAUAUGAGCAUUACUCAAAAUUCAGUUCCUGCAUGGAGAGCACUCUGAAAGAGUUACUGGGAGAGGAAGUCUCUAAGAGCAUUGCAAUUGAGCACUCCAAUGAUGGCUCAGGCAUUGGAGCAGCCCUCCUUGCAGCCUCUCAUUCCCAGUACCUUGAGGUCGAGGAGUCCUGAAGAUGCAUCUAAGCAGAUCAAGAAGGCCCUUUUCAAAUUUUGUAUAUCUUGCCUUUUCCCCUUGUUGGCACUUACAAAUCAUUAUGGAGCUUUCAUGCCUCCCAGCUCGCGCAAUUGUGACUGCCUGCCUGGAAAUUCUUAAUUUAUGGGCAUGCAGAACUCAGUUGAGUGAUGUAUCAGAUCGCAUGCUGAAAGUUUUCGCGCUAGCUUCGUCAUUCUGCUCCUAAAAUUCUGGGAGUCGGUCUGCAGGUACUGUUGGGAGUGCAGUAUACCAGAUUUUAGAGAAUAAAAAGGGGAUGCAAACUGUUCCUUGAGAUUUUAUAUUUGGCGGAACAUUUUUAACCAAAAUCUCUUGCAAAAUAAAACGAAAUUUUAUCGCAAUUAGCCUUACCAGCUUUAUCCCUUGUGAUGCCUGUAAUGUUGGUCUAGUUUGUGAUAAUACUGAUUUUGUGUGAAGAAUUUCUACACUUAGCUCUUGCUGAUUUCAUUUCCUUUCUCUGUAUUUUGGGCUUUUCUGAUUGACCAUGUAACACACUACAUUAUACAAUGCCAAAAUAUGAACUAAGGGGGAAGAUUUGUUGA